AUGGGUGUCGACAGUGCAAAACCAGAAGGGUCAAGUGCGACGAGACUAGUCCGCAAUGCCAGCGAUGCCUCCGACGGCAUUCUCACUCCCGCUGGCAUAGAUGAUACCACUCCUAGGAGCCUCGAGUACAUGCCUUCGGACCCCGACUUACCACGGCCUAGCUUGUUACCCCCCAAACUUCAGCCAUCGACCACCUCUGCACCAAUUCCCACUGUCCCCUUUACCGCCAAACGCUUUGAUCUUCUCGAUCUUGAACUCAUCCAACAUUGGUCCACCAGGACCUACAUCACCAUGUCCUCCCGGCUAACCGCUCACGUUGUCUGGCGUGACACCAUCUUCGCCGAGGCCCUGCGACACGAGUUUCUUCUGCAUGGUCUCAUAGCCACCUCUGCUCUACACAAAGCAACCCUGCAACCUGAGUCCGCUGAAGCCCGCGCCGAGUAUUCCAAAGUCGCCCUCGCCUAUCAAAAUGCAGCCUUGGCGGGCUACAUCCCCGCCGUCAGCAAUCCAACCCAAGACAAUGGCAUUGCCCUCUUUUCGCUGUCAUUGUUCCUUACCAUUUGGGCCUUCGCCUCGAAGCGUUUACCGGAAGGUCUGAGCAGCGUCAAGCUUGAGUUGUCGUCCCGCGAUUCCUCGCCAGAGGUCGUUUUUCCUCCUCACUCUCCCAUCGCGCAAUUUUUUGAGAUUUUCAUGAUCGUCAGAGGCGUCUACGCCGUCAUAACCGAGACCAAAGUCUGGCUUCAGGGAGAUAUUGAGGAGCUUCUUCGAUUUCCAAAGCCUGACGAGUUACCGCCUCACUCCGCCGACAUCCUCGAGGCUUUCAAUCGUCUCGAAAAUGCGCUCGACGACCCUCGUCUAAACCCACCCGAGGAUGCUGGACAAGAUUUACGGCCCCUUUUUAAGGACCAAAUUGAAUCCUUGCUGAGAAUAUCCAGAUGUCGCUCUGUUGUUGAAUGGGACGGACACAUCUUCUCGUGGGUCAUCUUCGCACCACAGGAAUUUCUCAACUGUUUGAAACGUGGACACCCUAUGGCACUGGCUAUGUUUGCGCUGUGGUCGGCUGCCCUUCGCUGUAUGGAUCACCACUGGUGGGCUACAGGGUGGCCUUACACCCUCGUAUCUGCCGUUUCAACCCACCUCGGCCCUGCUUGGAGUUCUGUUCUUGAAUGGCCAAAGAGAGAGGUUGGUCUGACCUUUCAAGAAACUUCGGGAUUCGAGAAUCGAAGAAUGGUGUGA